AUGCCUGCAGCAGACCUUGUACCAAAUGAGAUCAGCUUCAAUGCCAGCAUCAGCGCGUGUGAGAAAGGUGGCGAGUGGCAGCUGGCGUUGUCCCUGUUGGCACAGAUGCCUGCAGCAGGAGUUGUACCAAGUGAGAUAAGCUCCAGUGCUGGUAUUGCGGCUUGCGGCGCAGCCCGGCAGUGGCGCAUGGCUUUGUCACUCUUCUCAUGCAUGCUGUCAAAUGGCCAGACUCCAGAUCGGGAAUCCUAUACCCAGAUUUUGGAUGCUGUUUGCACAGAGAGACUGAGCUUCGGUCUCUUCCGGCAGGCCCUUCAGGAAGAAACUUGGCCCAACAUGCUCCGUGGUAGAGGCGCACUGUUGGAUCUUCACGACCAUUCCGGCGGCUCAGCUAUGCUAGCCGUCCUGUGGUGGCUGGCUGAGAUCGUUCCAUGGAAAAUGGCCAGGGGCAAGCACCACCCAUCUUUCGGGAUCAUAACGGGCGGGGGCAAGUCGCGGGCGUCAUGGCAGACAACAGAUGUGAGGGCAUCAGUGCUGCGUUUGCUUGCAAGGUGUGGAAUUCCAUGCAAGGUCCAUCCUCGCAACCAAGGCCUUGU